AUGACACCGGCAUCACCUCCGCCGACGCUGUCCCAAGUUGAUGCCCAAGACGAUGCUGCAUCGAGCCAUGCAACGGCAGCAGCGGGGUCCGCGCAAAGCGGCUUCCAAGAUGUUACUGCCUUGCUCUUCUCAGCCUGUGCCGACCUUCGAGAUGGCCAGAUGGUCGCGGUCCCCAGUUUCACAUUGAUGGAUUCGAUGGCGGCCGUGAAGAUCAUGGACGCAAGAAUGGAUUCGGGCAUGGAACUGCCCGCCUCAGAACUGCCAGAGUCCGAUCGUUUGGACGAAACACUGGAUCUUCCCGCGACGAAUCAGUUUGACCCGUUCAAGCCGCUCACGGUACCAGACUUGCUGUGGAUCAUGGACCGUCUCCUGGCGUGCGAAGCCGCUUGGCAUCAAGGCUCAGCAUUGUCCCAGACGCUCUACACAUGCCUCUACUUUCAUUCCAUCAACAGUCUUUCGCACAAACACCCUCGAUUUCAGCGCAAGGACAAGAACACGGCGGAGGAAGGUGUAUCGCGCAGGAACGAUGUGAACACAGGUACUUCAGGCUCAGAUGCAGAAAGCGCAACUCAGCCACCUAUGGAGCUCGUCUACAAGGUACUAAGGGCUUUCGUUCUCGCAACUGUCAAGACCAUCGAUAUUGCCUGGACCGAACUCACUUCAAAGCAGCAUCUCCGGGACGGGGAGGACUUUGGAUCGGACAAGAACGGGCUGAGCUUGCUCGAGACUACUGAUACCGGCUACGUAAUCGCCGAACUCGAGGACGCGCUAGGCUGGCUGCAGUCACAGCACGGUUCGAUGCCUUUGGGUCAAGUCGAAUCGCUCAGAACGAGGCUCAGCUUCCGCAAGCAGUUGCUAUAUGCUAUGCGAUUACUUCAAAGUCCAGCCGAAGCAGCUCCCUUGGACGUCGUGAUGCACACCAAAUUUGCUCGACGCAGUUGGUCUCUCUUGCAUCCUCCAUCGGACACGGAUCCCGUUCCUGAGACGACAUUGCAAAACGGAACUUCGCCGAGCAGCACAAACGGCCAAGCUCGAAAUACAUUUACACCAUUGCAGCCACCUGACCGCAAUGCAGCGCCGUCGAUCGCCUCUGUAGCCGCUUUUGAUCCUGCUUAUAACCGUCGUCUAGCAUGGUGCCAGGCGCUCAGACCCAUCUCUCUUCCUAACGCCCGCGACACCUGGCGCGUCCUGGACGGAAUUCUGGAAGAGCUUCAAGACGUCGUGCAUGUCUUGCAGCAUCCGGGCUUUCUCAAGUGGAAAGCCUUUUUCACACACCGCGCCAUCCGGUAUCAGGCCUCGCAACCACUCUCAGCGACUCCUUAUGUUCGUUCUCUCUUUCAGACCGCCGUGUGCGAUCGCAACAUGAUUGCGAGUCGUUUACCGCUGGAAAGGAUCACCGAAAACUUCUUCCAGGAGGUCGCGCUGAUCGAUCCGCUCCUUCUGCGUCGUGCAUCGAGAAUUGGUCGUAACCAGGUCGAGGGCGGCUCGCAGGCCAUGUGGAAUUCUCCGCCGCCUCUUGGCCAACGCAUCUACUACUUCAUGCAGAGGGUCGCGGGUCAGCUGGUGCAGUACCUGACCACGCUUUCGCAGAAUCGGUCUCGAUGCAAGCGGGCCCUUUCCUCGGGGCUGUACCGCGAAUGGGUCCACAUCUCGCAAGAAGCACAGGCCAUUGGACGCGAGCUCGAGGCUUGCCUUGCGCCCGGCGAGCGCUACCUUCCUGAUUCGCUAUUUGCUGCCACACAGCACCUGGCGCUCGAGUUCAUGACGCAGAUCACGCUGUCCGGUUUUGAGCUUGACCUGUACGUGGGCCAAACCGAUCGCGAAAGCAUGUGGUGGCUCGCCAGUCGUAUCCAGGUGGAACAAAAGAUUGUCUGCACCGAUCUCCGCGACGAGCUGUCCAAGUGGCUGCAGCAGACGUUGUCAGAACAGAAACCUCGCAUGCAUGCCACCACGAUCCUGUAUCUGUCGCAUCAGAUUCUGCUCGCGCAGGCAUUGGAACAGCUGGCCAUCAGCACCAUCAUACUAAUGCACUUGUCCGAGCGAUUGGCAACCCCAAAGGAGAAACCAUGUCCGUGGCCUCUCGAUUCAGAAGACGAAGCGAGUCGUCUCGAACUUGCCGGGGCCGUCUUUGCGAGCAGAAUCAAAUGGAUGCGUACAGAAGGCGGCCGAGGCAGGGGCGCAACCAACUCGGAGGAUGCAGGCGAGUCCCUGUGGCAAGAGUACCUCGCGUUCCGAAGCGAGCUCAAAGUCACCGACGACGUAACUUUAAAGACAAUAGCUCAAGAGCGACUGGACGAAGCGACCAGACACCUGCAGCAUCUUGUAGUUUCGUUGGACGGCGAGCAGAAACGCGAGCUCGGGGAUGAAGGAUUUGGCGAGCAGGUCAGAUCGCUGUUGGCGACAGCGCGCCACAACCAGGAGGCGAUGCGACCCGUGGCAGAACGGCUCGCAGCGACAUCGAGUGCAGUCGACGACUCUGCAAUUACGGCAGAAAGCGGGAACAAGGCGAACACCGAACAGAGCUUCGAGCAUCCUUGGUUCCCGAAAUGGUCUCCCCUUCGGCUCGACUACUACUCUACCGCGUCGACUUCAACAACCACAGACGGAGACUCUGAGGGGCUGGCAAGUGGAGCGAAGAAGCAAGCUGCGAGAGAAAGUACCUCUUCCGAAGGAGUCGAGGAGAAGUUCCAACGUCUCGGUCUCAAUGCCAACAUCGGUCGUCAGCUUGCACGCACACAUCCCAACAUCCAACAGCCCACACCAGCACAGUCAGCGCUCAUACCUGCCAUCCUUUCACCCAGCGACGUCAUAUUACGAGCACACACAGGCACAGGAAAAUCAUUUGGUAUCCUUUUGGCUCUGCUAAGCAAGCCACGAAUCAUUUUCAGAGAUCCGGCAUCGCGAGAUGCUCACGACUCGCGAUCAUCCUCCUCGAAAAGCAAGCGGAGCAAGCCGCAAACGGGAAUUGCCUCCAUCAUCCUGGUACCUAGCAACGAGCUAGCUUUUCAAUAUCUGCGCUGGGCCCGUUCUAUCUUCCCGGCCUCAAGCCUGCCGUCUCUGGACCCAGUAAUUCAGUGCUUGGUGCGUGGAGGUCUGGCUGGCACGGACGCACGCACACCCCAAGAGGAACUCGAACUGCUCAAAACGACUCCUCCGCAUAUCCUCAUCGGUACACCAGGACGCAUCAAAGACAUUCUCGACACACCCGCCGGCUCUUCGGUUCUGGGACUGGACACGCUCAAGACGCUGGUGCUGGACGAAGCCGAUGCAGUUCUGCAGCUUCCGGGGCGCUUCCCAUCGCACAAGCAGCGCUGGAAGCACGAGGUACACAAGGCACCUGGUCUGCUCCUUCUCAACGAAAUCAUGAAGCGAAGAGCCACGUUCUCAGGCGGCGAAAAGCACCUUUCGGCUGGACUGGAGAACCGGCCAGGCAAGAGAAGGGACGAACGGCGACCACCAGAACACGUGCGUCGGAACACGUACAAAGCAGCGGAGCACUUGAACAGCAUCGAUCCCGCCACCGGACUGGCCCUUCCUAAGCCACGUGGGCCUGGCGUGCAACCGUUGCAGCUGGUGGCGACGAGUGCUACAGCCAACUCGGUUAUGCGUCACUUCUUUGCAGCGCGGACAGGCUGGUUGCGGACGGGGGCGAGGGACAGCGGCAUGGCGUUUGCGCCGCAAGUGGGGCGCUGGAUCGACCUCACGGGAUUGAGCGGGAGAAGCCUGGUGGAUCAAGGGAUACGCGGUCUGUUUGGGGCCCACGAGCGAUCGCGGACGGAUGCGCUGAUUGAGACGUCGAUAGAGCAGACGCCAUCGACGAUGCCUGCCUCGAUUCAACAUACCUGUGUGGUUGUCGACGAGGCACCCUUAUCGAAGCAACUCUCUUCUGUGCCACUGCGGAACUUUGAGCCGAAGCUGGCUCGGAAGAAGGAGGGCAGCAUCAGCAGCACAGUUGCUUCUUUGCGCGAAUCCACACCGUCUUCAGAGGCCACUGCAGCCGGCAGCGGCGUGGGCGACGACUUUGCAGUGAUCAAGCCCGAAGAUGAGCCGCAGGAGCACGAGAUGGACCAGAGCCUGAUCGAAGCGCUUGCCUUUUGUUUUGCCUCGGAAGGUGUGGACCGUGGUCUUGCCCUCAUCCCGGCUCGAUGGAGUCUGUUUAGGACGCGCACUGCAUUGGAGGCUCUGGGCGUGACGGUGCGGCUAGCAUCCGACGUGGCGGCAACAUCUCCAGCACGACAAGAAUCUCACACCAGCCCAGAACUGUUCCUGCUGCAAACCACGUCUUCGCGCGGCCUCGACAUUCCCGCGCUCUCGCAUGUCUUCCUCGUCGGAUAUGCUUCCGUCAUCGACGCAGUGCAGUACGUCCACUCUGCGGGUCGUGUAGCACGCAUUGGUGGUGAUCCAGAGGUGCCCGUUGCAGGCAAGGUGGUCACACUGCUGCGCGGCCUGCCUCACGACACGCCGCUUCCAGCCGAGUUACACAGCCAAGCAGGGGCGGAUAAGCCGAAGAAGGCCAUUUCCACGUCGGAAGCCAAGAUGGCCAACGUGUAUCGACGACUCGGCGUGGUUCCGAACAAGUUCGAUCUCGGUCUGCUCAGGACUGCUGCUGCAAAGGAAGGGACACACUCGGUGCAGCAGCCCGAAUCUACUGCCACGGCUGAUGCGACCCCCACUCAGGCUGUUGCCACAGCAGAGCCCGCCGAGUCUGACGAAAGCCUAGUCAAGUCUUCUUAG